AACAGUCCCUCCCCGCCCGGUGCCUUUUACAGAAGGAAACUGUAGCAGCGAGGAAUCGAAACAGAAACUGUCCCACUUGAUACUUUGAGAACUAUAACUUCACCGCAGGGUGACGGUCAGAAGCGCGGUGACUAAAGUAGCAGAAAGUUGGGCUCGGAGCGCAGCGCAGUGUCACUACCCGCAGCGAGCGCGCAGCGAGCGGGUCCGAUUCCGCCGAGUGACGGGGUAGAGCUGCCCAGUUACCUGCCUCUGUCCGCGCCGUCUUUGGAGGGCCAGGAAAGAGGGUACUCAGCGCCCUGUUGGUAGGCUGGGAGCGCCUUGAGCGAACUUGAAGGCUUUUUAAAGGCCGAGGCUGCAGCUUCGGGGCCGCACAGUCUGAGAGAUGUCCAGCGAGUAUUCCCCGGAGAAUACUUUCCUUAAUCUGAUCCUGUGCUUCCGACCCAGGCUGAAACAAUACAUCCGGGUGGAGUCCGUGCUGGACUACCUGACUUUCAUGGGGAGAGCUGAGAAGGAACAGAUUCAGAGCACCGCUGUUACUAGGGGAAACACGACAGCGGCCGAGUUACUCCUCCACAUCCUAGAGAAAGGGGACUGGGGACCUGGCUGGACCCAGGAGUUUCUUAAUGGGCUUAUGAAUGGCGGUUGCACCUUAGCUGCUCGCUACAUGAACCCGGACCUCGCUGACUUGCCCUCUCCAUCCUUAGAGGCCUCUUAUGACCAGUGCGUCCAACUGCUGGACAUUUUGCAACCCACCCUGGUCGAUAAGCUUCUGGUUACUGAUGUGGUGGACAAAUGCUUGGAGAAGGCUCUGUUGACCAAGGAAGAUCGAAAUCGGGUUGUUCUUCUUAAUGAAAAUGAUGGAAAUGAACGUGCUGUCAGAGAACUGCUGAGUAGAAUAAUACAAAAAGAAGAUUGGUUUUCUAAAUUUCUAAAUAUUCUUCAUGAAACUGAAUACAGUCAACUUGCUGAAAACCUCACAGGCAUCAACUGCUUGGAAGACAAUGAAGAGAUUAAGGAAAAUGGAAUUGAGAAGUUAGCCCCAAAGGAUGAUCACGUCAUUGAAAAGCUUAUUGAACAUGAACAAGAAAAUGAUAGCCUAACUGUUGAAAGUGAUGAAUUGGAAUCAUCUUUUGCAGAUUCUUCUGUGGUUUCAGAAUCAGACACAAGUUUGGCAGAAGGAAGUGUCAGCUGCUUAGAUGAAAGUCUUGGACAUAACAGCAACAUGGGCAGUGUUUCAGGCACCAUGGGAAGUGAUUCAGACCAAGAUGAUGAGAAGAAAAGAGCAUCUCCUGAGCCAGAACUGGUCCUCAGAUCUUACCAAAUGGAAGUGGCCAAACCAGCUUUAGAAGGGAAGAAUAUUAUUAUAUGCCUCCCUACAGGAAGUGGGAAGACAAGAGUAGCUGUUUACAUUGCCAAGGACCAUUUAGAUAAAAAGAAAAAAGCAUCAGAACCUGGAAAAGUUAUGGUCCUUGUGAAUAAGGUACCAUUAGUUGAACAGCACUACCGCAAAGAGUUUAAACCAUUCUUGAAGAAUUGGUAUCGCGUCAUUGGAGUAAGUGGUGAUUCCCAACUGAAAAUAUCAUUCCCAGAAGUUGUCAUGUCCAAUGAUGUUAUUAUCAGUACAGCUCAAAUCUUGGAGAAUUCCCUUUUGAAUUCAGAGAAUGGAGAUGAUGAUGGUGUCCAGUUAUCAGAUUUUUCCCUUAUCAUUAUUGAUGAAUGCCAUCAUACCCACAAAGAAGCUGUUUAUAAUAACAUAAUGACACGUUAUCUGAAACAAAAGAUGAAGAAUUGUCGAUUCAAGAAGGAAAAUAAGCCAGUGGUACCUCAACCUCAAAUACUUGGACUGACAGCUUCACCUGGUGUGGGAGGGGCCAAAAAGCAAUCAAAAGCUGAAGAACAUAUUUUAAAAAUAUGUGCUAAUCUUGACGCAUCUACAAUUAUUACUGUUAAAGAAAAUGCUGCCCUUUUAAAAGAACAAGUGAAGGAGCCUUAUAAGAAGUUUGUGAUUGCAGAUGACAACAGAGAAAAUCCCUUUAAAAAGAAACUUCUAGAAAUAAUGACAAACAUUCAUACCUUUUGUCAAAUGAACCCAACAUCUGAUUUUGGGACACAAACCUAUGAACAAUGGGUCAUUCACCAGGAAAAAAGAGCUGCAAAAGAAGGGAAUCGCAAAGAGCGUGUUUGUGCAGAGCAUUUGAGGAAAUACAAUGAGGCCUUACAAAUCAAUGACACAAUCCGAAUGAUCGAUGCAUAUCACCAUCUCAAAAGCUUCUAUAAUGAUGAAAAGGAAAAGAAGAAUGCUGCCCAAGAAUCUGGCAGUGAAGAGGAGGAAGAGGAGGAUGACAGUAAAAGGAAACCAUUGAAAUUGGAUGAAACAGAUAUGUUUCUUCUAAACUUAUUUUAUAAAAAUAAGGAAAAAUUGAAAACGCUGGCCUUGACUCCAGAUCAUGAAAAUGAAAAACUGACCAAAUUACGAAAUACCAUACUAGAAGAGUUUACUAAAACAGAUGGAUCUGUUGCCCGAGGAAUAAUCUUCACAAAGACUCGGCAAAGUGCAUUUGCUCUCUCUCAGUGGAUUAAAGACAUUGAAAAAUUUGCAGAAGUUGGAGUAAAAGCUCAUCAUCUAAUUGGGGCUGGAAAUUGUAGUGAAUUUAAACCCAUGACACAGAAUGAACAAAAGGAAGUAAUUAAUAAUUUUCGUACUGGAAAAAUAAAUCUACUGAUUGCUACCACAGUAGCUGAAGAAGGCUUGGAUAUAAAAGAGUGUAAUAUUGUUAUCCGUUAUGGUCUUGUCACCAAUGAAAUAGCCAUGUUACAGGCCCGAGGCCGAGCUCGAGCUGAUGAAAGUACUUAUGUAUUGGUGGCAGGUGGGGGCUCAGGAGUUGUUGAACGUGAAAGUGUUAAUUUGUAUCGUGAGAAGAUGAUGCAUAAAGCUAUGGACCGGGUUCAGAAUAUGAAGCCAGAGGAGUAUGCUCAGAAGAUUUUGGAGUUACAAAUGCAAAGUAUAAUGGAAAAGAAAAUGAAAACUAAGAAGAGUCUUGCAAAGCAAUUAAAGGACAAUCCAUCAUUAGUAACAUUCCUCUGUAAAAACUGUAGUAUGCUGGCCUGUUCUGGAGAAAACAUCCAAGUAAUUGAGAACAUGCAUCAUGUCAAUAUGUCACAGGAAUUUAAGAAACUCUACAUUGUAAGAGAAAAUAAAGCACUACAAAAGAAAUUUGCAGACUAUCAAACAAAUGGUGAGAUCAUUUGCAGUCAAUGUGGCCAGUCCUGGGGAACUAUGAUGGUGAACAAAGGCUUAGAUUUACCUUGUCUCAAAAUAAAAAAUUUCGUGGUGGCUUUUCAAAAUAAUUCCCAAAAGAAACAAUACAAAAAGUGGGUGGAAUUGCCUAUAAUGUUUCCAAAGCUUGACUAUCCAGAACAUUGGAUGUUUAGUGAUGAAGAUUAAUAAGGAUUUAAUAUUAUCUAAAUUUUGAACUUUAUAUUUUUACAAAGAAUAGUUUAGUAAUAUUUUUGCAAUAAUUACACCAGAGCACUAGUAAAAUAAAUGAGAAUAUUUCUUUAAAUCAUUUUGAGCUCCUUUUCUACAAUGAUGUGAUUCAAGGCAAUUUCAGUGAUGUGAUGGAAAAUGCCAUCCACAUCCAGAGAGAGAACUAUGGAGC